UCAUAACACAUCUCAAUCCAAACUAAUCUCACCGCCAAACAGUUUCUCAUACAUCGAAAAUCCACUUAGUUCCGCGAUUUUACCGCGCGCAACCCAUUCCUAAUAAAUCCGACUUGAGGAAGCCCAGCCGACCGACGAUAUGCCGCCCUCACUACUCCAUCCUCCAAGCCACCUAUCACCAGAAGCGGCGCGGCAACAAGCCACUCUCGCGCCCAGUAUCCUCAACAAUUACCCCGAAAGCAUAUCGUCGACGCCGAUUCUUUCACUUUUCUCUGCGCCCGAAACUGCCGAGCUGUGGAUUACCUACGAGAACCUACUGCUAGCAUGCCUGCGGACGGGGGACGACCUGUCGGCGCAUAAGUGCCUGGAGAGGCUGAUAAAGAGGUUCGGGGACAAGAAUGAGCGCAUGAUGGCCUUCAAGGGACUGGUUAAGGAGGCGACUGCAAAGAACAAUACAGAGUUGGAAGCGAUCCUGAAGGAGUACGACAGCAUACUGGCCGAGGAGGAAAACAACAUUCCCAUCGCAAAACGGAGGAUAGCGUUGCUCAGAGCAUUAGAUAGGACUCCGGAUGCUGUAUCUGGCCUUCUGGCACUCGUCGACAUGUCGCCGACAGACGCCGAGGCUUGGGCUGAGCUGGCAGACGUUUACUUGGCGCAAGGGCUGUACUCCCAGGCCAUAUAUGCGCUGGAGGAGGUUUUGGUGCUUCAGCCCAACGCAUGGAAUAUCCAUGCCCGAUCAGGCGAGGUCCUGUAUAUGGCAGCAACAGCUACACAGUCUAAUGAUGCAGCAGCAGCCAAACAGUUGGCGGAGGCAACCAAGAGGUUCUGUCGCAGCGUUGAGCUUUGCGACGAUUACCUGCGGGGAUAUUAUGGACUUAAGCUUGUGACAUCGCGUCUCUUGAACGAAAAACCUAAUGCGCAGACGCGCAAAGGAGAUGAUGCGGAUGAUCUGGCGCUGCCGGACGGUGCCAGCUUGCAAAAGUUGGACGAGUUGGCCACUCGAAAGCUGGCGGAAAUAGUGCGGCGGUGGUCUGCAGGAGAACACAAUUGGAGGGGUUACGAUGAGAGCGAGAUUGUGGCGGCAAGAGAGCUGCUGAACCAGGACAGUUCCUCCGCUCCAAAAUAGUAUGUACCAUAGUAUGUAUGUUCAGGCCCUGCUCGUUCUGUUGAGAUAUAGGCAGAUUCGAAGUAUAUGAAGGAUUGGUUGAGGCUUUGAGUCAGAAAUGCAGUUAGGCAUCAUCUGUGGUAAGGAGUAUGCAAUGGUGUGCCCACUGAGACUUUGACUCAUGUUACAGAGAAGGGCAAAAGCUCUAGCUUGGGUGUCUCUCAAAAUGCUACAGGGUAUUUAGUCUCACUCCAGAU